CGCCACGAGUUAACACCUCGACGUAGCAACUCGGACAACGGCCGAGGCAAAAGUGGAAACGAGUGAAUGAGAAACAUAAGCGAAAAACGAGAGAACCGCCGACGGCGCCAGCUAAAAACGCAAGCAAAAGCGCAUAAUUGGGUGCGAAAGUAUUUUUUUCGGUUUGUUGUAAAAGCGCGUGAAAUUACGCAGGAACCGGAAGUGGCAGCAAAAAGGAUACGUUAGCGGUAUUUGAAGCCUACGCAUAGGCGAGAGAAACUCAAACGCGUCACGCGUUCACCGACGGUGCGAUGUAAAAACUCUUGAAAUAAAAAUUAAUUCAUUAAAAAUCAAAAACUGCUUUCAAAAACGAUUAAGCCCCGAGCCGCUCGGGCGCGUAAUCACUCGUUUGUGCGCGCGAGUUUAUGAGUGUGUGCGUCAGCCGCCGUGCGUUCACCUGACGCCUCACAAUUGUCAAAUGUGCUCAUCAAAUGUUGCAGACAGUGCGCAAGAAAAGAAUUUGUUGAAUAGUGUUAGAGUGGGCAUGGAAUCACCGCCGUCACAUCAUCAACACCAGCAACAACAACAAAAUUUACAGCCACAACAACAUACGUUACCUGUUAUGCCAGUGAUGGCAGGCGGCGCAUUGCCACCGACAACCGGCGGCGUUACAACGCUUCCGCUUCCCAUGCAAGCACAUGUUCCUAUACCCGGUCUAACGACGCACGGCAUUGGUCAACCGCCGUCGGUAGCGUUGCCACCACAUGCGGCGCCAACGGUACCACUCUCACCAACAGUGGGAUUACCAGCCGCUCCGCCUGCCUCUAUGCCGCCGGGCAUUGCGAAUGCUCCAAGUUUGGGUGGCAUCUUUGGCAAUACGCAUCCAGCCCCACAUUCUACACUCAAUGCUCUCAUGUCUCAACAUCGACUCUUGGAACUCUCCCGCUUCGGUUUGCGCGGCUACGACUUGGCUCAACACAUGCUGACGCAACAAGGCGCUGUCUCCAAGUUAUUAGGUACAUUGAGGCCACCUGGUUUAAUCGGCGGAUCAAAGCCGAAAGUUGCUACGCCCGCUGUCGUCUCGAAAAUCGAGCAAUACAAACGCGAUAAUCCGACAAUAUUUGCGUGGGAAAUACGCGAACGACUGAUAUCGGAAGGUGUUUGCACGAAUGCUACAGCGCCCUCCGUAUCCUCCAUCAAUCGCAUAUUACGAAAUCGCGCUGCAGAACGUGCUGCAGCGGAAUUUGCGCGCGCUACCAGUUACGUUUACAUGCAUCCCACGCAUCCUGGCUUCCCAACUUGGCCGUCGAGCUUACCACCACCACCACCUCACCUCUGGGCGCCUGGCGCAGCAACAGCGGGCGCUGCUGGUGUUGGUGGAGGUUUUCCACAUAGCUUGCCAUCUGGUAGUCUAACGCCGACAAAUUCCAGCAUUUCCAUACCAGCAAUAUCACCCGGUUCGGGUAGUCACGAGACACUGGGUUCACCGGAUGCGAGUCGUAUGAUCGACAUUGAAGGCGAGGACUCUGAUACGGAUGACAGCGAUCAACCCAAAUUUCGUCGCAAUCGCACCACAUUCAGCUCCGAACAGUUGGAUGAGCUGGAAAAGGAGUUCGAGAAGUCACAUUACCCUUGUGUGAGCACAAGAGAGAAAUUAGCAGCGCGCACUGCGCUAAGUGAAGCGAGAGUUCAGGUUUGGUUUUCCAACAGACGAGCGAAAUGGCGCCGACAUCAGCGGGUCAGUCAGCUGAAACAGCGGGGGAGUACCGACUCACCACACCAGACACACGGCCCGAUGCAACGCCACCAUUCACCAGUCAACACACAACGGCCGCAUCAUUUGUUGGAUGUGGAGAAUUACAACAACAACAACAAGGCGAACAGUUAUUACGGCUUGCCAACGGGUGUAACAAAUCAUACGCUGGACUAUACACACAAACUGGUGAACGCUUUCAUCCCUACAGGAAAUCAGGACGGACAGCAAUCUCAUAUGAACACCAUGAAUAUGCAGCAGCAACACCAACAACAACACGAAGCGAUGCACUUCAACAGCGACCCAACGAAAUCAAAAGCUUCACUUCCGCAGCCGCCACCACCACCGGCGUUGGUCUUUCCAUCGCACACAGCAUCAGUUCCAUUAUUAAUGGGCGGUGAGCAUAGCGCCUUCCGCUCAAUGGUGGUGAAUCCUGUGUUGUCCGAGGCAAUGCUUGCGCUCAAUUUCACGCGACAGGUUGUCUCCGCUGCUCAACAGUCGAAGCUGCUGGCGGGCGGUGGCGAAGACGCUGCGGCUGACUCACCACUUUCUCACUCCGGCACACCCUCGCCGACGAACACAAUGCAUUCCAAACUAUCAGAAGAGGAGAUAAAUGUAGUGCAGGAUGUGGAGAAUGGUGGGCGGUGCAAUGAGGAUGCGACGAAUGAUGAGGAAUGAGCAGAUCUGAGUAUGAGAGUUGACCCAAGUACAGUACGCAGGAUUCCCAAGUCUGAUUAAUGCAAUUCUAAGGGAUUGAAGUUGUAUGUAAUAUAUAUAGCAAAGCGAAGUGAUUAGUCUUUAACGGUAUAUUUUAAGAGAGAUAGAUGUAUCAACUUAUAUAGCAAGCUGUGAAAACAGCGCUCUCGUUAUGUAUUAUAUAAUAAUUUUAUGCUCUCAAAUUUAUGAUAUUUAAGUAACUUAGUGCAAUUAACUGUAAAUUAAAAUGAAAGUAACCAA